AUGUCGACGUUCCAAGAGCAAAUGGCGGGUCCGUCCCGCCCUCGCUUCACAGGCUGGCUCACCAUGGCGCCCGAAGUCGAUCCGCCUCGAACUACCAACGCCAACUCCACCACAGUACCUAGCGACUCUCAAAGUCGAGCAGACGGUUCUGCAGACACACACGCUUCUGAACAGCCAGCCGCUUCCACACACGGUUUUGGCUAUUUGGGUCAGAAAGUCCAGCUGCCGCAGCGCAAGAAGCGUCGCGCCACCUUCCAAGUAGGCUCGCCCGGUCUGUCUGAGGAUGAGGCCCAGGGCUCCUCAAGCAGGCGCUCCUCGUGCGCCGGCUCGGAUUCGCCAGACUUUGAUGUUCGCGCCUCGUUUGCACCCAUGCCAGUGUAUGGCAAGAACAAGCCAACAAUGCAGCAGUCUUCCACCUACCGAGGCGUCGGUGACCAGAACAACGCGGCCUUCGCAUCACAAUCCAACAACGCUAGCUUCAGAAAUGCAGCCAACACCGCUAUGGACAGCAGCAGCGACGAAGAGGCUGACGGUCUCUCGUUUGGCGGCCGACGCUGGAAGGGCAAGACGGUGCACGCCGUCGAGCAAGAGCUGGAAACUUUGCGCGACGAGAGGCUCAUGAGCCACGCACCAGACGCUGCUUAUCUUGCUUCGCGUCUCGAAGGCGUUCGACGCAAUCUCGAAAUCGAGGAGCGAAGGCCUACCUACGUGCCCUACGAUGAGGACAUCCUCACAGACGACGAAGUGGCGCCGACUUUGGCACCAGAUGCUUCGAGCAUUGUGCGACAACUAUACCCUUUCCAGCAUGUUACCGUCCCCAUCGACGACUCAACCACAUUGCCGCACCGUCCCGUCUCGAACGCUUCAUCAAUCAGCCUCGUCGAGGGCGAAACUCCACAAGACUUGGAGUUUGCUCUUCCCGAAUCGUCCUCGACUGCUUUCGACCAUGUCCGGGUACACGACCCCAACGUGGUAUCGAUGCCUCCGAUUUCGAACCUGUUGGCCCCCUCAAGCGCCAAAGCGAUCGAUCCAGCCGCAAGAGCUGCGGCACUAGACGCACGCAUCGAAGUGCGACCGCUUCGACGUGGCGACCUCGAACAGGUGCGCGACCUACAUGCCUUUCACGGCGAUUCCGACAGAUCCCCCGACCACGGAGAGACUUACGCCUCUACGGCGUCCUUCCUCCUUCGCCUGCUCGUCGACGACCGACACGUCUGCCUCGUCGCAGUCGCCAAGCCGAUCCCGGAACCAGCCGCGCCUCUACCGGCAGCUGCUGACCUGAUCCACUCUCGUUCGAGCGCUGACGUCCCUGUCUCGCCUGGCGAUGUUUCGUCCGGUAUCCUGUCCCCCGCAGCCAGCGGGUUGCAGUCACUGCAUCUCGCCCCCGCCGCCGAGGGAGAAGCUCACGCACAAGACGGCGAUUCCUCCGAGGGCGAAGCCUCGAGCAGCUUCUCGUCCUCGCCUCGGGCUACGUCUUCAGUCUUCUCCUCCACAACAGUAGGAGGGAAGAUCGCGCCCACCGCGCCGCACACGCGCAUGAUCAGCCCGCGCGGCACAGAUGGGCGCAUCAACAACACUCCCGCCACCUCGGUGUUCAGCGACAUCUUCGCCGAGCGCGGCGCCCCCGUUCGCAAGUUUACCCUUGAUGACCUGCCGGGCCCCACGGAGACGAGCGCUGCACCCGUGAAGAAAGUGCUCUCUGUCCCGCCACCUCGGCCUCGCGGUGCGGAGGCGCAGCCCCCCGUGGAGAGCGAGACGAUCCUGGGCGUAGUUUCGGCGCACUUGAGCGUAGUUGCGGCUCCAAGCGAGGAUUCGCUCUUCGAUACCACCAGUGAGAAGGGCAGGGGGGACGAGGCGAGCAGCAUGAUCGAUGUGCAUCUGUUGACGCUUGCGACGGCACCCGAAGAGAGGGGGCAGGGGCUGGGGGCCAAGUUGCUGUCGGCACUGCAUGGCGAGUGUAUGGCCAAGGCGAGGUUUAUGGCGAUGAAAGUGAGGUCGAAACGAGCGGCGACGGUAGGGAGGAAGGCGCUGCCGGUCGUGGAGGCGCUGAGUCCGAAGUUUAUCGAGGAGGACAGUGCGACGGCGACGGAGGGGGGCUCUGCGACGUAUGCAGGGGAGUCUACGUCGGCGGUGCUGCAGUCGCUGGGGGCUGGUCUGACGCUCGUCAGCCUCCGCGAUUCGCCGUCUUCUGCCCCGGUGGGGAAGUAUCUCGCACGGACGUUCCUCGAGGUGCACCCGUCCAACGCGACCGCGCUCUCGCUCUACCGCGCACACGGCUUCUCGGCGCCGCUCGACGAUUCGAAAGCCAUCAAGAGAGGGUUCUACAGGGGAGAUGUGCGGAUUGCUACCAGCGAACGCACCAAGCGGGGCGGCACGGACGCGUGGGUGCUGCAGCGCUUCGAUGGUCUGCUUGCAGAGUAG